UUGGUAGGAAGGAAAGCAGAGGGAAGGCAAAUUACGUGCAGCGAUGUGACGUCGGAAGAAAUGUUUCUGCCCAUGCUCACAAGGACAGGAGGAGAUCAGCCACACUGCAACCGCUAGAUGUGUUGUGGUGAUGUAAUGUUGCCCGUUUGGUGACUACGGAUGGCUGUUUGUGCCAGGCUCUGCGGAGUGGGUCAGUCGCGGAGGUGCAGGAGGCGACAGCGGCAUAACCAGCAGGAUCAGGGUAGCGAUUCCGACAUGGACGAGGAAGAAGAGGAGCGGAUCGUGGGUCAGAGGCAAGGCGGCGGCUGCGGCGGCGACGUCGGCGGAGGCCCGGAGAGCGGCGUCGCCACUGCAGGGCCGAGUGACGCUUGUGAAUAUGGCAGCGGUCGUGUCAACAGAGGAGGCUGUCUGGAUGGCAGAAGCACGGGACCUCCACACCCGCAAUCAUUAGCGGAUUUACCGCCGGAGCUUUUAGUGGAAAUAUUCUCCUUGCUUCCCGGAACAGCACUACCGAUUGUUGCCCUCAUUUGCAAGAAAUUCAGACAAAUCCUUAACACUGAAACCAUCUGGAGAAGGCGAUGCAUGGAAGAGUUUGGUAUGAAGGAGGAUCUGAGGAAGAUGGAAGUGGGAGGAGUAUCUAGCCGGGACCUCUAUGUUAAACGUGUCAACCCACGGGUGAAGUCUGGGCGCUUUAUGAAGCUCCUCCCGGACUACGAGCACAUGGACUAUAGAGACGUGUACACACACUUGCUUCACCCAUACAGACAUAUCUUGGGUUUAUGGCAGCCUGAUAUAGGGCCUUAUGGUGGACUGCUCAACGUUGUGGUGGAUGGGCUGUUCAUUAUUGGCUGGAUGUAUUUGCCACCUCAUGACCCCCGCGUGGAGGAUCCCAUGAGAAGACGGCCGCUCUUCCGUAUCCACUUGUGGGAGAGCAAAAAGGCCACUGUGGAGUGUAUGUACGGACACAACGGUCCCCACAAAGGAGACAUACAGACUGUGAAGAAGGAUGAAUUUUCAACUAAAUGUAACCAGACUGAUCAUCACCGCAUGCCAGGGGGCAGACAGGAGGAGUUCAGGACAUGGUUGGAGGAAGAAUGGGGCCGGACACUGGAAGAAAUCUUCCAUGAGCACAUGCAGGAGCUCAUCCUGAUGAAGUUCAUUUAUACUAGUCAAUAUGAUAACUGCUUGACAUACCGGAGGAUCUACUUGCCUCCUGCGAGGCCCUCUGACCUGCUGCAGCCAGGCCUCUUCAAAGGCACCUAUGGCAGUCACGGCUUGGAGAUUGUCAUGUUCAGUUUCCAUGAGACUUCUGCGAGAGCCACCAAGCUCACUGGAGACCCUAAUGUUCCUGCAGGGCAGCUUACUCUGGAUGUUGACCUGAACCGGCCUGUGGUCCUCCCAGACUUGGAGCACCAGCGCAGCAUAGAGGAGCUGUCCCGGCUGGUACAGGGGGUACAUGAGGAAGUACAGAGAGAAGCAGAACAACAUGCCAAGGGCACUUCUGCCACAGUCAGAGGUGUAGCAGAGGGGCCCUGUGGUAGUGCCAGCGCAGCAGAAGGGAUGGAGGCAGACCAUGGUGCCUGUUCAGACAGCUGCCAACCUGGCCCCAGCACCACCACCGAUCCUCCUGAAGCCCAGCCCUUCGUCCUGCCCCUGGGGGUUAUGGCUCGCAACGAGGUGUACCCUCGCACCUGCAGGAAAUGCUUCUAUGGGACGGGCCUGAUCGCUGGGCAUGGCUUUACAAGUCCAGAGCGUACCCCGGGUCUCUUUGUGCUGUUUGAUGAGGACCGUUUUGGUUUCAUCUGGCUGGAGUUAAAGUCUUUCAGUAUGUACAGUCGGCUGACGGACAACCUAGCCCACGCUCACGCCCCAAACAUGGAGCGAUUUGAGGCCAUGCUGCGCAACAUGCAGUCCUGGACAUCCUGAUGCACCACACUUUAAGUCUCCUCUUACAAUACAAUGCAUAAUAAUAACCAUUAUACACAAAUCACCUCUGUCCUCCACUGACAACGUUACUAUCAUGAUAGCUCAUGUCCUCAACUCUCCAGGUUCUAUCUAUGUCAAACAUUGGGUUUUACUGUCUAAUUAAGCUUGUUAUAUCACCCCAAGCACUUUGAAAGCCCCCCCAAGUUACAGUAUAUCACCUCACUUCAGGAUGACCUCAGUUUUCCAGUGCAGCAUGAUAACAAGUCACAUUAAAGUUUUUUUAUUUAUUUAUUUAUUCCCUGCAGGAAAAAAGUAAUGAUAUUUCAUACCACGUAUUAUAGAUCAAACUGUACGUGCCUCUGAUUCUAAAACCAUGUCUGUACUUGGUAGUGCUUGAAGAUAAAGGUGUCCACUGUAUUCUACUAUAUAGUAUUAUACUGAUUUCAGUGCCCAACAUAUUGAACUGUAUGCUGCGUUUUAUUUAGAUCUAAUUGCAUUACACUCAUAACCAUUAUCUGAUGUUUAAUUUUCAUUAAGCAGCAUGCCACUUUUUUUUUUUUUGCUUUAGAGACAUCAGAAUUUUUUAAAAAGACAGCAUCUCAGGUGUUUUUCUCUUUGCCACAUGUCAGUGAAAAACAGUAUUUGUGUAAAUGUAUGACGUUACAUUAAUUUUAUUAACUUGUCCAAUAGAAAUACUGAGUGAGUUUUACAACUGGGCGAUUUUCUAAUCAUUGAGAAGAGAGGAUUUGCUGUCUUAUCAAACACUCUAGCUACAUCAGCCAGUCUUGGGCAGAGUGACAUGUUUUUGCCCUUUUGAACUUAAGAGAUACCUUUUUCAGUGAUAUGCUUUGGCUCAUGGUCUGACAUCAAACAUUUUAAUGUCACCACAUCUGACAUGAUAUUAUGUGAGUUGGACAGAUAUAUUGUACUGCAAUAGCAUAACCUAUACAUAAGCUGGAUUUAAUCAAAAUAUCAAAAUCAUACAGUUUAUGUGCUUAUAUAAUUAUGAUCUGAAACAGAAACUUCUCUUACCUUUGAAAUGUAUUGCAUCUGUUGUUUGUUUAAAUGGCUGACGUGACGUUUGCCUGGCUUCAUACCUGAAAAGCUAUUCCCUCUAGUUUUCCAAUAUAUUUCAAACUUGAGACCAGGCUAGCUGAACAUUAUACAAACUAACAGCUCAAAGUGCAUCUCAAAGUACCAAGUAAGUGUCUGUAUGUCUCAUUACGGCCUGAUGGUGAUGCCCAGUAGCUUUCCUACUCCAAGUGCACUUUUCUGGGCAGUAUAGUGAAUCAUUCAAAACCACUGGCCAGCACUUUUAUAUCAGACUGCAGCUUUACUAACAUUUACAAAAAAAAGUGUCUGCUAAAGCAUCAUCGACUUAAUUUUAUCACAUUUUUCUUCCUCUCAAAUUUAGCGCAUUUGUUUUAUACAUUAUCCUAUCUGUAAACUCUCUGCACACAGCUAUUUGAAUGAUUUGCCUUUGAAAAGUGUUGCUUUGUACUAUUUUCAAUGCCAUACGCCUGCUCUUGUGGAAAACAAACUAAGUUUGACCUAUUGAACUGCUCACAUCGGACUUCAGGGAGCUUUUCAGCUUAAGCGCUCUUCUCAGUAAUAAAAAAAAAUACAAAACUGAAAA